AUGGCGAUUCUUAACACGAUGUAUAAUCCCCAGUACGACGACAACAUCCUGAUGGAUGGCUCUUGGAGGAAAAAUGGGAUCGAUAUCUUUGACUUGUUUCGCCACAAAUUUACGCUUAUAAUCAUCCAAAACCUACUCAUUCUCAUCACCACCCGCUCCGUCGCCUUCCUCCUCAAGCCCUUCCGCCAACCGCGAAUUCUCUCCGAGUUGAUUGGUGCCAUACUAUUGAGUCCGACGAUCAUCGGAAGGCUGGCUUUCCGCAGCGCGUCGGCGCCGACAGCGAAGACGCUCUACGAUUUCAUCUUUCCAGAGAUGAGCUUUGCGAUGGUGGAGAUUUUUGGGUUCUUGGGGCUCAUCUACUACGUCUUCCUCGUCGCCAUGCGGCUGGAUACCACGGUGGUCAGGGAAAUGUAUAGGAAGGUGUUUCCGGUCGCCGCCGCUACCGUCGUCCUCCCUCUCCUCGCCGUCGUCGUCGCGGUCGUUAUUUUCCGGCUUCCUGCCCCCUCCCACGCGGAGCAGACCACGUUCGCCCUCGUCCUCGGCUUCGCGCUAUCUGUCCCUGCCUUCCCCGUCAUGGCGCGCCUCCUCGCCGAGGUCAAGGUCCCCAUGGGGGAGGUCGGACAGGUGGUGCUCCCGGCUGCCGUGGUGGGCGACGUGCUUUCGUGGAUCGCACUCGCGGUGUGCUUCGCCUUCGUCGGGCCUUCCGACGAGGCCCUCGCGCCGCUGUGGAUGGUCCUCGCUGGCGCGUGCCUCGUGGCGGUGUGCGUGUGGAUGAUCAGGCCGUUGCUGGUGUGGCUAGGCCGGAAGACGUCGGCGGCUGAUCCCGUGAACAUCGAAUUCAUGGGAUUGGUGGUCGCGUUGGUGCCUCCGGCUGCGCUGUCGGCGGCGGCCAUCGGAUUCCACCCAGCCUUGGGCGCACUCGUGCUGGGGCUGGCGGUGCCCAAGGGGCCGCUCACGGCGGCGCUGACGCAGCGACUCGAGAAUUACGUCGUCAUUGCUCUGCUUCCUUUCACCAUCAUCAGCACCGCCCACGCGACCGACGUCAUGGCCAUCGUGACGAGGCAGGGGGACGAGCCAGAGAACUACGCGCUACGUUUGGCUGGCGUCAUGCUUGUCGCAACGCUGGCAAAGCUGGCGGCGGCCGUGGCCGUGUCGCCUCUGUUUUCUCUGUCGCGCACGGAGAGUUUGUCGAUCGGCGUCCUAAUGAACACGAUCGGUCCGAUGGAGAUUAUAAUCCUAAACAUCGGCAAGGAUCGGAAGUGCACCCCAAAAUUAACUUCUCUCUGGAUAUGGAAUCAGAUCUUUAAUGCCAAAAUACGCGGGGUGCUUUUAGUCGCGUCGGUGAUCAGCACGGCGAUGGUGAGGCCGAUCUUGACGGCGCUCGAAGGCCGCAAGCUCCGCCGCCUUCCUGCACCAGCUUACAAGAAGCGCAAUUUGCAACUCUCCGGGUUGGAGUCAGACCUGCGCGUCGUGGCCUGCGUCCACACCAUCCGGAACGCCCCCUCCAUCACUGGCCUCCUCCACCUCGCCGACCACUUCCCGCUCUCAGUCUGUGCCGUACACCUCGCCCAUAUCACCGGCCCCGCCCCUCCGAUGCUCAUCGUCCAUGACUCCGUUGACUGCAACUGCACGUUUCCCACCCUGGACGACGUUUCCACCGUGACGUCCUCUGCGGCGCCGGACCACAAAGUAGACUCGCAGCCCAUCAUUUCCGCUUUCGAGAGGUUCCAGCGGCGAUCCACGAACGUCGAGGUCUCGUCCCUCACCGCUGUCUCCGAGUACUUCACCAUGCCUGACCAAGUCUGUAGCAUCGCCGAGGGUUACCGGGCCACCCUCAUCGUCGUUCCCUUCCACCGACUGCUGACCGUCGACGGCGAGAUGGAGGACAUCAACCCCUACGCGCGCGCUGUCAACAAGGGCAUCCUCGCCGACGCGCCUUGCUCCGUCGCGAUCCUCGUCGACCGCGGUCAUUUGGUCGGCCACGAGUCCAAGCUCGCCAGCCACGUGGCGCUCCUCUUCUUCGGGGGGCCCGACGACCGCGAAGCGCUCCUUUGCGCCAGCCGCUUCGCGAAGCGGCCGGGGGUCCACCUCACGGUGGUGCGAUUCGUGGUCAACGACAAGCAAUCACACGCGGCAGCCAGCGCGAUGCCGGGGAUAUUAUCGGGUGCGAGAGUGGAGGGCCGAAUCGACGACGAGUACGUAAGGGAGUUCAGGUGGCAGUUCGCAAGCCACGCGGCGGUGACGUACACAGAGAGGGCGGUGGAGGACUGCGAGGGGGUGGUGGCGGCCAUCAGGGAGAUGGGAGGCGAACAUAAUAUGUACAUGGUGGGGAGGGCGGCGGGGGGAGAGUCGGCGGCAGAGCUGGUGGAGGGUCUAUGGAACUUCGUGGAAUUGAGGGAGUUGGGGCCGAUUGGGGACUUGUUGGUGUCGGCGGAAUUCUCAGCGGCGGCGUCGGUGCUGGUGGUGCAGCAGUACGUGGGCGAGCAUCAGAGCGUGCGGGACAUGGAUGAGGGAUCGAGCCGGAGGAAGAGAUUGAGGAUGAGCGGCUAUAGCUCAAAGCACCGGUAA